CGUUUUCUACGUAUGGAAGCCGUUGUUUCAGAACCGCGAGGCUAGUUGAAAAUUCUGUAAAUAUUUUGUCCAAAAUAAAAUGAGUGCGCCCUUAAGUAAAUUGGAAUAUCUUAAGAAGUACAUGUCUUCUUCAAAAAAAGAAGAAGAAAAAAAAGUGAAGAAAAAGAAACUGAAGCCCUUAUUAAAAGCAAAAGGAGGAAUAAAAAUUGUUGAUGAAGAAAUUGACCUAAGAAAGAUAGCUGCAGGUUACGAGAAAGAUGAAGACCAUUUAGACAACCAAGAAGAUGCACCUUCAAUUGCUGGAGUUUUGGAUGAACGAUCAGAGGAGAUGAAAACUAAGCAAGAUUUUAUUGAGAGUUCAAAGUGGAAGCGCCUUGGGAUUGAUGAAAAUGAUGGAGGAAAACCAAUAUCCAAAUUAAAUACAGAACAAGAUGUUAAUUUGAACCGUAGUCGUAAACCAAAGAAAGAUUCAGUUGUCAUAAGAAAACCUGUCGUGGUUAAGAAAGAAAGACAUGAUUCAGAUUCUGAUCCUAGUCCACCUCGAAAAAGACAUGACUCUGAUUCUGACCCUAGCCCUCCACGAAGAAAAAGGCAUGAUUCAGAUUCUGAUCCAAGCCCUCCAAGAAGAAAUCACCAUGAUUUAAAUUCCGAUACAAACCCCCCAAGACGAAGCAGAAAAAAUUCGGAUCAAAGCCCAGCGCGGAAACGGAAAACUUCCGACUCGGACCAGAGCCCGCCAAGAAGGAGCAAAGCAUCUGAUUCUGACCAGAGUCCACCAAGAAAACAUCACAAUCCUGACGAUGAUCUCAGUCCACCUCGCCGGAAGAAGAAUUCUGAUUCCAGUCCACAAAGACGCAUCAAACGUGAUCCCGAUGGAGACCUCAGCCCUGUGCGUCCUAAUACAUCAGCAUCUCGUGGUGGAGUUUCCGAAAAACUUACAAAAACCUUAGAUGGAAAGAUUGCCGGUCUUCAGACUGGUAGAGCUUUGCGCGAGGAAACGGAAGAAUUACGCAAAAGAGAAGAGGAAGCCUUCCGAAAAAUGGACAAGUCACUUACUGGGCAGAACGCUACCACUGCCAUUCGAGCGGGAAAGAUGCGUCAAAUUGAAGCAAAGCAGCAAGUAGAAAAAGAAAAAGCCGAGAAAAUCGCCAAGCUGCAGGAAGCUUACCAGAAAUGGAACAAAGGACUCAAGCAAGGUGAAAGUCAGUCCACGAAAUUAGCAGAGGACGUUCACGAAAUGUCGAAACCAUUGGCCCGUUUUGCCGGUGACGAGGAUUUGGAAAGGUUGUUACGUGACCAAGAUCGCGAGGGUGACCCUAUGGCCGCCUACAUGGCCAAAAAGAAGGCCAAGAGCGGGGACGGAAAGGGGAAAGCCUCCAGACCUGUCUACAGGGGUCCAGCUGCUGCUCCCAAUCGUUUCGCUAUAUUACCUGGCUACCGAUGGGACGGGGUUGACCGGUCUAACGGCUAUGAGAAGAUGUACUUUGAAAAGCAGAACAAGGCUGUCGCCAUAGCGGAAGAGGCCUACAAAUGGAGCGUGUCUGACAUGUGAUUUCGAUGAUGCUUCAUCUUACUGAAUAAAUCCACAUUUUUAUUUUUA